GGACUUGCAGAACCGACUGGCACUGGGCGGGACUUCCUACAGUGCGUCCUGUCUGUGGUUUAACUUCCCUUUGGGUAGAUUGUUAGAGGAAUCUGAGCUUUAGGAUCGCCAAGUUAUACUCAAGAGAGCGAGCUGGCACCGAGUGACAACCGAUGAGACCACCGGCAGGGUUGGUGGCCAUGCACGGGCCCCAGCACCAUCAGCAGAAUCCGAUGGCGACUCCGAGGCACCCAGCUCAGGGCUGUGUGACUUUUGAGGACGUGGCUGUGUACUUCUGCCGGGAAGAAUGGAAGCUCCUGGAUGAAGCUCAGAGGCUCCUGUAUCUUGAUGUGAUGCUGGAAAACUUUGCACUUAUAAUGCCACUGGUUUGUUGCCAUGAAGCAGAGGCUGAAGAAACAACCUGUGCACAGACUGUGUCACCAGCUGAAGAACCACAGGUCAGGGCUCCAAAGGAGGGUCUACCCACGCAGAAGACUCAUCCUUCUGACAUCUGUGUCGCAGUCCUGAGAGACAUCUUGCAUCUGAAUGACCUACCUGAGCAGAAACCGUAUCUGACUGAGGUGUGUGCAAACCUCCUGGACCAGAAGCACCCUAGAGCCAAGAACUGGUUAAAGAGAGAUGUGGGCUCCCUUGUGAAGAGCUGUAUAUGCCAUAUAUCAGGGAAUCCUUUCAUCUGUAGUAAGAUUGGAGAGAACUUCCCAGCCAUGUGGAAUCCUCUCCAAUCCCAGGCCACUCCCAAAGGUGAGAAGCUAAACAAAAUUAAGCACAGACAGGCUUUUCACAAGGAUAAAAAGAAUUCUAAGUCAGGUGAAUAUAAGAAAUCUUCCAGCCCCCAACACGGGCUUCUUGAGUGCCACAGAGUCGUCGGUGAGAAGGGACAUGUUGAAUCUAGCAAAUGUAAGCAAGAUUUAAACAAGUGCACACUUGUAUCAUCUCAGACAGACCAAGCUGAAAAGAGACCGUAUGAGUGUCAAAUCUGUGGAAAAGUGUUUGGCCAAAAAGCGACCCUUAGAAUUCACCAGAGACGUCAUACUGGAGAAAAACCGUAUAAGUGCGGUGAAUGUGGGAAGUCCUUUUGUCAGAGCUCCAACCUCAGUGAGCACUGCAGAGUUCACAGUGGAGAAAGACCUUAUGAGUGUGUGCAGUGCGGGAGAGCCUUCGGGUGCCAUUCUAGCCUUCUUCGGCACCAGAGGACACACACCGGAGAAUGGCCGUAUGAAUGUGGGGAUUGUGGAAGAUUGUUUAGACAGAUCGUCAGCCUGAUUACCCACCGGAGGACUCACACUACAGAAAAGCCUUAUGAGUGUGGACAGUGUGAAAAGUCUUUUAGUCACAAAGCCACUCUUACUGUCCAUCAGAGAGUUCACACUGGAGAAAAGCCCUAUAAUUGUGAAGAAUGUGGGAAAUCCUUCAGCCAAAGCGCCAACCUCAUUAAACACUCCAAAAUUCAUACUGGAGAAAAGCCUUUUGAGUGCGGGGAGUGUGGUCUAUGCUUUCGUCAAAGAGCUACCCUCAUGAAACAUCAGAGAACCCACACUUCAGAAAGGCCUUACGAAUGUAGGGAAUGUGGUAAGUUCUUUAAACAAUACUUCUACCUCAUUGAACACCGUAGGAUUCACACUACAACAGAAUUUUAUGAAUGUGAGCAGUGCGGGAAAUCUUAUACACAAAAAGCCACCCUUAUUAGACACCAGAGAGUCCACACGGGAGAAAGUCCUUAUAAAUGUGAGGAUUGUGGAAAAGCCUUUGAAUACAAAUCCAGACUUGAUCGACAUCAAAGAACUCACACGGGGGAAAGGCCUUAUGAGUGUGCCAAAUGUGGGAAAUUCUUCAGGGAAAGCUACAAUCUUGCUGAACACCAGAAAAUCCACACUAAAGCAAAGCCUUACAGUUGCGAUCAAUGUGGUAAACGUUUUAGCCGGAGAGCUGACUUGGUUAAACACCAGAGAGUUCAUACUGGAGAAAGGCCUUAUACAUGUGGGGAAUGUGGGAAAUCCUUCAGCCGAACUACCAACCUUGUUCAACACAGCAGAAUUCACACUGGGGAACGCCCAUAUGAGUGUGAGCAGUGUGGGAAAUCUUUUAGCCAAGUAUCCACCCUCUCUCGGCAUCAGUUACUUCACACUGGAGAAACACCUUCUAAAUAUAGCAAAUGAGGGGCAUCUUAGACGACCCUCUAGCAUC